AAGUUUAAAAAAAACCAAGAUGGUGGUCAUCUACCUAGAAACAUGUAAACUGAUAUUUAAAAUGUUCUGAUUUCUCUACAAAGAUUUCAUCCUAGGGGAAGUGUAUGAUGUUAAAAACUAGUCAUGGCUGGGGAGAUGAAUCAGCUGGCACAGACCAAAAUUGGCUGUGCCAUCAAGGAAGCAGAUCCUCGUGGACUGAAAAUGUUAAUCCAACAAGGAGAAGAUGCUCAUUUUAGGGACAGGAAAGGGAAUACAUAUCUUCACUAUGUCAGUACGAUGAACCGGCCGACUGUGUUCCAUAUCAUAGCAGCGACAGGGAUAGACGCCAACCUUCAAAACAAGCAUGGACACACACCCCUUCAUGUCACAGCGCUGCAGAAACAGAGUGGUCACCUGGCCGACCUGAUGUGUUGGGGAGCUGACCCGUCUAUACCUGCACUUGAUAGGAAGACACCAGAUGAGGUGAACAGCCAUGAUCAGUACUGGCAUCAUGUUUAUGAUAAAUACAAGCCUGGUAUAUUCCAAGCCGUGAAGGACCAUGAUGUGGAGAGAGUGAAGGACCUACUUCACUGUUGGUGUAAGAUGGACUCUGAAAAGAAUGGCCAGACUUUACGUCAGUUCGCCGCUGCUCACAAACAUCACGACAUUGUCAGUUUACUGGACAGACAUCGGGCUACAAUGGAUGCUAUAUAUGGAGUUCUCCAGCUGGACUACGAGAAACUUAAACGAGGAUUAAAAAAGACAAGGUGUGAUGUCAAUUUCCUCAACUUGGCAUCACAAAAGCAGCAUAUAUUACAACAUGCCAUACAACUACGGGACUACAGACUCGUCCAGAUGUUGUGUGAUGCUGGAGCUGACAUCAACAUCCAUGUUCGCUUAAAAAAUUAUUUUAGGGCUCCACUCUACUUUGAAGCCAUUUCACCUACAAUGCAAUCUGACAUCAUGUGGAAGAUAUUGAAAUCAAAGGCAAAUUUCAGCCUGAAAGAUGAGCGAGGCAGGAACGCUCUGCUGUACGCCUUGGACAGAGACAGAGGAUACAUGUCCCUCGACAUCUUCCAGUUUAUCAUAGAAAACGGUGGCAAUGCCCCUGACUGGAUUGGUGAUAGAAGUGAGACUGGGGUGACCAUUAGAGAUACUGCACGGUUUUCACGGCGACCAGACAUCAUCAACUAUAUUGAUAAGUGCUAUGUUAAGAUGAUCCGCAACAGUGAUUUGGACAAAUUACAAAGUCUUGCUACUGAUGGCUACGAUAGCAUGCUCAUCACUUACAAUUACAGGGAUUCCUUUAUCUAUGCCGCUGGUAAUGAAACAGAUGAUGCCCUCAACUUCAUCGAAUGGCUGCCCACUUUUCAGAGUGAGGUGCGGUCUUUACAGCGCAGUGUGCGACAGGAGCCGUUGUCUACUGUGAGGGAUAUCAUUGAGUCCUGUCACCGACCAGACAUGCUGGUCAACUGCAGAGACAAAGCAAUGAGGACACCUUUGAUCCUGGCCUGCCUGUUUGCCCGCGAGGACAUUGUAAAGUACCUCCUAGACUUACCCAGUAUCAAUGUUAACAGCACUGACUGUUGUGACAGAAGCUGUUUACAUUACUCCUACCUGUUAGGAGUAGAUGGAGACUCUAUCAGGGACAUCCUUAUAUCAGCUGGGAUAGACAAUGCUCAGAGAGACACG